AUGGCAGAAGGUGCAGGACCUAGAGGAGUCAACACAAGGGGAACUAUCCUAAGUAAUAAUGCUAAAAGAGGCGUGGAAGCACAUGGGGAAGUGGAACUGACAACACACAGAAAAGAAGCUGGUUCUCCAGAAAGCAUCUCAACUGACACCUUUUCAAAUGUUACCAGCAAUGAUGAAGCAGAUAUUAUUGUUGUGGGCGCUGGUGUUCUUGGUGCAGCAUUUGCAGCUGUUAUGGCAAGAGAUGGAAGAAAGGUCAUGGUGGUUGAGAAGGACAUGAAGGAGCCUGACCAGUUUGCUGGAGAAGUAAUGCAGCCUGGUGGUUUUCAAAUGCUUAAAGAAUUGGGUCUUGCUGAUUCCAUGGAAGGAUUUGAUGCCUCUCCAUUAACUGGAUACAGUAUGUAUGAUUUUGACAACAAGGACAACAUGCAUCUGCAUUUCCCACUGGGAGAAAAUAAGAAAGUGAAGGAAGGUAGAUCAUUUUUUCAUGGACGCUUUGCAGUGGGUCUCCGCAAGCUAGCCAUGGCAGAACCAAAAGUUCGAUUUAUUGAAGGUACUGUGACACGUUUAUUGGAGGAAGAAGGAUAUGUUACUGGAGUGCUGUAUAAAGAAAAGGAAACAGGAAAUAUUAAGAAAGGAAUGAAUGAUAUUGUUGCUGGGGUCCAACAGUACCAAUCAUCACUAUUGGAUGACCUGAGGAAACAGGUGGAGAGAGUGCUAAAGAAGCAUUUAGCAAGCAGAACAGGUCAACUUGAAAAAGAUGUAAUGGAUAUUUUUGACAAUUUGUUUGACCCUUUUGCUGGUGUUGCAACAUUUCACCAGGACAGUGUUAUUAAGAAGCAGUUUAGUUAUUUGGAUGCAGAGGAAAUUCCAAUUGCUUGA